AUGAACCUCUGCAUAUCUGCAAUAUUCGCCCUAAUAUAUUUAUUGCUACAAAAUGGAAGGAAUUUUGCAAAAGGAAUAGAAUACAAGGCCGAAAAUCACAAAAUCACACAAAAUAAAAAUAAAUCAACACCGAAGUUAAUCACAGUAGACGUUACAAAGCAAAGAAGUAACGAUCAGUAUAGAUAUGAAUACAAAUUUUAUAAACUAAGUCACACCUUUAUCGCAGAACCAGGGCACCUAAUUGAAAAGGUAACCUUCCAAGACUCAGUAUUAUGGGAUUCCAAGGAUUAUGGCAACUGUUACUCCAACCAAGUCUUCGUAGGCAGGGAUGAAAAGGGUAAGAAAGUUUUCAGGAUAUAUUUUCCAACGGAUGCACCAAAAAUAUGCGCCACUUUCCUCCCAGAGCCAGUAAAGGACUAUGAAACAGUGGAAGGACGUGAAUCUGAAUCGAAGUAUGAAAAACUACAUGAAAGUAUCCCGCCGAAGCCCAAACGUAGACAAUCAGUUUACUACCCACUUUUAAACAGACUAUAUCAACCAUCCACUGGACCGCAAACAUUUCAGGACCCAGAAUCGUAUUAUGAAAUGGGUCCAGGACGGGAAAUGAAACCUGAGGAGAAACUGAAGGCUGAAUUAGGACCGGAGUCAGAAUCAGCAGGAGGAAUAGAUAUUCAGCAUAUACGGUCAAUACUAAAAGACAUACAAAGAAAGAUUGGUUCAGUAACGCCGCCUAUCCCAGAGCCAAAAACGGAAUCGACCAAACCCAAGCUAGUAACUCUCGAAGUAAAAAACAAGAAGAGCACAGAGGAAAUUGACUACGAGUACGACGAGAAGCAUCGCACUCACACCUUCACACCUAACAAAGGAUAUUUAAUACACGACGUUACAAGGAAGGGUAAGGUGAUGUGGGAGUGUGAAAAUGGCGUUUACCCGGAGAGGGUGCUGAUUUUUCUAGACGCAAACGGAGAGCCUGCACUGCGUCUGCAAUUCCCCGGGGAUGUUCCAAGUCAGACCCAGCCACAAAUACCGGAGUCAGAACCCGAGCCAUUAUUAGAACCCGAUCACACUUCCAGAGUUAGAGAUACCUUUCAACUACCAGGCUCUGGAACCGACGCGACGGAAUUUUUCAGUCCCCGGAGGACUGAAGAAACUAUGCGACACGCCCAAUCUGAUCCCGAGUCGUUUUUUAAGCCAAUACAUACCCAUUUAAGCGACUCAAGGGAAAGAAUAGUGCACCUUGAUUCCGACCGAGUAAUGCCACAUAAACGGACACUGAGACCGGAGCCUAGGAUUAGAGUUUCGGUUCCGCCACCUAAACCCGAGCCGGAUAAAGAUACGGAACCUAUAUAUAGAUCAGAUUUAAUUGACAGUGUUGCGGAACCACAACACACUCCAGAGAAACCAACAGUGGUCCCCUCUACUUAUAAAAGCGGCGAAUUUGUAUACUCCAAGGAUCCAGCGCGCCUGUUCUUGGACUUUACGAAAAGGACUGACGUUUUCAAGUAUGAUACGCACGUCUCAAACCACAUUUACACGCCAACCACACCUCAUAUUUUCAACAAAGUCAGCAUCUUAAAUCCGCACCCGCUAGCGACCCUAGAUAUAUGGGAAACGGAAACCCCCGAAGAGUUCGCGUACAGAGUCGAGCAGUUUGGAUUUCACCACGUCCUGAUUUACUCAAACAACGGGAACUACGUCCUCUUUGACAGAGACGACAACGACAACUGGACGCGCCACGACUUCCCCAAGGUCAAGGGGGCCCCAAUAUCAAGCUUGAGGCUCGAGCACAAGGUCGCCAAGUUCGACGACGAAGGCAAGGUCGACAGCGCGGUACUCCUGAAGAAACUAAUACAAGUCGAUAUCGCACGCAAGUUUAACACCUUCAUGUCAGAGUACACGAAGGAGGGAAACGUGUACACCUUCAGGCCUGGCGAGGGCUACGUAAUCAGCGCAGUCAUGGACUCGUCGUCGGACACGUACCUGGGCCAGCACGACGUCACGGAGGACAUGCUCACGCUUAAACUACUGGACGGAUCGACGAAGACGUUCAAGAGGGUCGGCAAGAAGUGGCUGGACUUUAUGUUCGACCACACCGUCGACAACACCAAAAAGCUGCCCUUCGUGCUCAACCUUAGCACUCAGAGCAGGUUCGCCACUUACGAGUUCGAGACGGACAUAGAAAACAAAACCAUGAUGUGCACAGUCAAGGAGGGCUACGCGAUCAAGGAGGUUGCCUGGCUGGAGUCGGAGUACCAGUUCUUCCGCCAUGACAAGAAGGUGUGGAGCACGGAGGACCCGCUCUACUUCGCGCGCAGAGUCUUCGUCAAGAACCUUGGGUUAGGAGAGAAGGUGAUCACCAUAGACAUGUUCAACGGACUACAGCUGACCUUCCGCAGGUCAAUUUGGGGCGUGAAGUGGGACUUCAUGGGCUCGAAGGUAAUACGAGGGCAGUGA